CAUUGCGCAUGACUGUACGGCGGAAUAUGAACUAGAAGGCCUCCUGUUUUUCUCCGAGCGAGAGUACACCCCCCCCACCCGCACCAACCUCCUAAAAACGAAAACACGGAGCCAUUUAAUCGAAACACCGGGAAGGUCGGAGUGACUGCCGUGUUGGCCCCCCGGCGGCUGGCCCCCCCAGAGAAAACAGCCGUGACCUCCAAGUCACCUUUGACCCCUGGAGCUCACCACCACAGCGACCCCAGAGUACAAGCUGAAACUGAGGCUCCGGUGGGGUGAAGAGGCACAGAAUGACAGCCAGGAGUCAGGGCAGGAGUCAUCUCUGUAGGGGUCACAGUGACACUUCAUCAGAGGAUGUAUCAUUUAUUACCCGCUCUUAGGAAGAAACCUACAUUAGCAAGAACGUACAUAUUCACACUGGCCCCACGGGAAUUGAACCCACAACCCUGGUGUCGCACGCCCCCAAACUCCUUCCACUGAGCUACACUGGACUGGACGGGACCCUGGACGGUGCUCUUCCAGAUGCCUACCUCACGUCUAAAGACCGUUUCCCAGCAUCCACGGCCCUGAACAACCUGUCGUCAUGACGUCAAGCAUAGGGGAUGACUGUAGUAGUAUCUUUGAUGGGUUAAUGGAAGAAGAUGAGAAGGACAAGGCCAAACGCGUUUCCCGCAACAAGUCCGAAAAGAAGCGGCGUGACCAGUUCAAUGUCCUCAUCAAGGAGCUGGGCACCAUGUUGCCAGGCAACACACGCAAGAUGGACAAGUCCACCAUCCUUCAAAAGAGCAUUGACUUUCUGUGCAAACACAAAGAGAUCGCUGCUCAGUCAGAAUCCAGCGAGAUCCGGCAGGACUGGAAACCUCUGUUCCUUAGCAACGAAGAGUUCACACAGGUCAUGUUGGAGGCUCUGGACGGGUUCUUCAUCGCCAUAAUGACGGAUGGGAACAUCAUCUAUGUUUCGGAGAGCGUCACCUCCCUGCUCGAGCACUUGCCGUCUGACCUUCUGGACCAGAACCUUCUGAACUUCCUCCCCCAGAAUGAACACUCCAAUGUAUACAAGGCUCUGUCCACGCACCCCCCCGACCCCGACAGCCUCAGGCCCGAGUGCCUCAAGACAAAGAACCAUCUUGAAUUCAGUUGCCACGUUCUAAGAGGAUCCAUGGACCCUAAGGACCCUCCGGUCUACGAACACGUCAAAUUCAUUGGCAACUUCAAGUCUCUGAACAACGUGCCCAAUGCGACGAGGAACGGUUUGGCCGGUGUUUUGCAGAGGUCUUUGCAGCCGGCCUUCGAUGACCAAGUCUGUUUUGUGGCCACCGUCCGCCUGGCCAAACCUCAGUUCAUCAAGGAGAUGUGUACCGUGGAAGAGCCCAGCGAAGAAUUCACGUCGCGACACAGUCUGGAGUGGAAGUUCCUGUUCUUAGACCACAGGGCUCCGCCAAUCAUAGGCUACCUACCGUUCGAGGUUCUGGGGACAUCAGGGUACGACUAUUAUCAUGUGGAGGACUUGGAAACACUGGCCAAGUGUCACGAGCAUCUGAUGCAGUAUGGGAAAGGGAAGUCGUGCUACUACCGCUUCCUGACCAAAGGCCAGCAGUGGAUAUGGCUGCAGACCCACUACUACAUCACCUACCACCAGUGGAACUCCCGACCUGAGUUCAUUGUCUGCACACACACUGUUGUCAGCUACGCUGAGGUGAGGGCAGAGCAGCGCAGGGAGCUGGGCAUCGUCAAGGAGCCUCCCCCUGACGUCACUGUGGACAAGCCGAGUCAGGACAGUGGGUCUGAAUCUCAGCUCAACACCUCCAGUCUCAAAGAGGCGCUGGAACGUUUUGACCGCAGCCAGAGCCCCUCCUCUACCUCUAGGUCCUCCUGCAAGUCGGACAACACCUGCACCUCAACCGCUUCCAAGCUCCUUGUGGACACGCCCCCUCGCCAGUCACAUGCUGCCUCAACCAUCGACAUGACAUCACAGAGACCCUCCUCCGUCAGCAGCCAGUCGAUGAGUUCUCAGAACACGGGACACAGCAUGGCUCCAGUUCGUCCAGUGUCCCAACAACAGCAGCAUCAACAACAUCAACAACAACAUAAACAAAAACAGCAGCAGCAACAGCAGCAGCAGCAACAAAAACAACAACAACAACAACCACAGCAGCAGCAGCAACAACAUCAACAACAGCAGCAGCAACAACAGCAACAGCAGCAACAACAUCAACAACAACAGCAGCAACAACAACAACAACAACAGCAACAGUCCAACGUACAGCCGGUGCUGGAGUUCUCUGCCCAGGUGAACGCCAUGCAGCACCUGAAGGACCAGCUGGAGCAGCGGACCAGGCUGAUACAGGCCAACAUCCAGAAACAGCAGGACGAGCUCCGGGCCAUUCAGGACCAACUACAGAGGGUACAGACUCCGGGCAUACAGAUGUUUGUGCAGCAGCCCGGCGGUGCCCUGAACGUUCAGCUGCCACAGGUGGGGGCAGUGCCACAGGGGACGGUCCUGACCAAUCAGUUGCAGCAGACUGUCCUGAACUCCGCCCAUACAGGAAAUCAGAUCACCAUCCAGCAGCAGCAGGCCCCUCCCCCUCAACAGAACCUCCAGCAGCAAAAUAAUGCUCUCGCUCAGGUCCAGCAGCGUCAACAACAGCCUGUGUACAACAUGAUCAUGUCCCAGUCCGGCCAGCCCAACCUGCUUCAGAUCAGCACCAGUCUACCUCAGAGCAAUGCGCCACAGACGUCUGCCGUGGCCAGCUUCACGCAGGACAACCAGCAGAUACGGUUUCCGGCGGGCCAACAGCUGGUGACCAAGCUGAUGACGGCCCCCCUUCCCUGCAGUACAGUCAUGGUUCCCACAUCCAUGUUCAUGGGACAACAGGUCAUCGCGUACAACCCAUUCGGAGGACAGCAGGCUGGCCAGACCCUGACACUACAGGCAGCUCAACCACAACAGAACCAGCUAGAAGCCCAGGCUGUAGUCGCGCAGGCCAACCAGCAGGGGGCGCAGCAACAGCCCUUCUUACAGGGCACCCGGCUUCUCCAUGGCAACCAGCAGCUUAUCCUACAGGCUGCCUUCCCCUUGCAACAGCAGCAGCAGGCCUUCACCCAGGUAACACAACAUCAACAACAACAUCAACCACAGCAACAGCCGAGACAGCAACAACAACACCAUCAGAGGCAUCAUCAGCAGUUGAAACCCCAGCCACAGAAGCAGUCCAAAAGCCAGCCUUUACAACGGACUGACAGCUCCAGCAGCCAAACCCAGUAAGCCUCACUAACCUUGGGCGUCCAAUCAGAUGGAAUGUACCCGAGGGCUGAACCGAUCAGAGGCCUGGUGUCUUGGACCGUGUUGCCGGAUUUUUAAUAAUGGACCGGCGGUAUUGGAGUCACUACCCCCCACCCACCCACCCACCCCUACCUGUCGCGUAGUCUCUACCGAUUUGGCAGCCAUUUUAACCUCUCUUCCAACAAACAGCGUUAUGGGUAACAGGGCGGGGCCUAUACAAUACAGGGGGCGGAGAGCUACUGGGCUAUAAGUUGUGUACCAGGAGCCUGAUGCUAUACAGGGCUGAAUCAGGUGCAUUGGUUAGUGCAGGGUUGGACCAAAAGCCUGCACAGCCAGCCAGUAACACCUUUCCAAGAGGACUGACCAGGCUUGGUUCACACUUACAGAAUGCCACAUUACACUGGCGACAACAGUACAGCUUUUGGAAACCAAGAGGAGGGUUGUUGUUUGUCCGUGGGUAGAAGAGACCAGCUCGUUCUCCGUGGAAACAAAGCAGAACUCAUCCUCGCUGUGACAACAAGCGAUGAUGAGUCCAAAAUGAACGUUCUGAUAGGGGACUAAAUUCUUCAGCCUGUAUCUGAUACGGGGGUGUAACAUAAAUGUAAAUAUAUCCAGUAUAUGUACGCAGCUACAGGGGAGACUUAAGAAACAUAAUAUUUUAUAUGAUUGCAUGGAUAUGUAACCGUGUAUGCUUUUAUUAGUAGCUUUUGACAAAAAAUGACUUUUUACCGUAUUUAGUGUUUUUUGGUGGAAGAUGGUGUGAUAAUAUGCUAAUGUGAAUAGCACUGUCUUCCUCUCUGUUCCCCUCAGUGUCCGGCCCUGUUCCAACACUUUUAAAGCACAUCCUUCAUUCUUCACCCUCUUCCCUUCCUAGAGGUUAUCAAGGCAAUCCAGUGAGGGGUGUGUUUAAGAACUAUUGGGAUAUGGCCGGUUGUGUCCAUCUCUGGUCAUCUCACCAUUUAAUGGAAGGACCUGGGGUCUACUGGAACGCUGGGAAAUGUAGUUGUUAAAACACUUCCUGUUUCAGAGAACAUCAUUUACUAUACAUUUUAAGCUUUUAUCACUAAAACAACUACAACAACGUCUGAACCAAACAAAUCAUGAUGAACAGACAAGUACAGUUUAAACUAGACAAAGGAGAGCAUCCUAUCUUUGCCUUGUUCCGGAUCCGCAUACGGUAUUGGGUGGCUCAGCCGGAACCGCAUGGUGCUUGCAACUCAAAAGGUCAUGUGUUCAAAUCCAGCUUGGGACGGUCACUCGCAAAAUGUAUGCAGACAGAAAACAUCUUUGUCUCACUUUGGCAAGGCUGCACAUCAGAAGUUGGAACCAGGCCACCCUAGUCUUCAAUCAGGACUAAAGAAUGACUUUUCAUUAGAUGAAUUAAGCAUAAGCUGACAGACGUCCCCAACGACGUCUUACUGCCUUGACUCCUUCAUGUCGCGCCCUCAGAUGUGGCUGUCUACAUGGGGAACGAGGUACCAUUUGGGAUUUGCCCGUCUCUGGUUUUAAAGCUAUUCAAUAAUGCUACACAGCGUCUAUAACAGUUUAAUACUUGCAAGUGCCAACGGUCACACACAGAUUUUUCCUUUUUCUUUUUUUUUUUAGCAGACUAUUGAAAUACGUAUAUAUUAUAUUUUCUGACGUUCACUAUCAGAUAACUACAUACGUGUAUAUAGAAUGGAUUAUUUUUAAAGUCACAACAGAGAGAGCCCUAUUAUAUGACAUUUGUCAUUAAGCUACCCCAGGAGAUUUUAGCACUUAAUGUGGUUGUACACAGUAAAUUACUAACCCGACCUAGCUCUAUGUAAUGUGUGUGUGUGUGUGUGAUGUUCUUGUGUUUUACGGUAAUCCCUUGUAAAGGACAUUGAAUGGUACCGGCGUCUCCUCUGGAAUAGAAGGGUUGUUCCAAAGUGUCACCCUUUUCCAUCUCUCUAGGACACAUCUUCUGACGGGCAUAAACCAGGCUUCACGUUUAGUCACUUCUGUUCACAGAGCCCGACGUCUGCAUGUGGCAUCCUACACCCUUCAGAGUGCACUUUGCCUCAAAGGGCUCUGGUCAAAAGGAGGCACCUAGGGAACAAGUGUGGCAUUUGGAAUUGAGCCUAACCUGUUUCGUGAGAGAACUUUUUUUACUGGGUGCAUGUCCAUGUUUUGAGUCAUUUUCACUUUAUUUCGUCCCGUGUCCAUUAUGUACAGUUCUGGGGGAACGUUUGAAUAAAAUAUUUGAUUUUCCUAAAAUCUGGAUUGGACGAAUCACAGAAUCAGUAGAAAUACUGAAAUUAUCAGAGAGACUCAUUAUAUUGUCAGCUGUUGGGGAUACAACCAACAUUUAAGUCGAAAGAAAAUGAAUGGGCAGGACGGGGAAAUGAACGAAUGGAAGACAGGAAGCAUUUAAUUCUCUUUUUCCUCCUAUCAAACAUAAGAUGAAGUCGUGUACAAACACAAAUUAACAGCGAUUGAAUACUGGCCAAGGCUUUUAGUCUAUCGACUUUCAGAGUUAAAUAAAACAAAAAAAGUCAAAAUCACCAGGAAACAACCAAAGGCAAGGAGAGGCCUGUCGAAUGGGGAGAUCUCCCCCUUAACAACUUUCUGCUGUGUGACAUGCUCCACAGUUCUCCUGUGUGACAGGGUCCACGGUUCUCCUGUGUGACAGGGUCCACGGUUCUCCUGGGUGAUAGGUUCCACAGUUCUCCUGCGUGACAGGGUCCACAGUUCUCCUGUGUGACAGGCUCCACAGUUCUCCUGUGUGACAGGGUCCACGGUUCUCCUGUGUGACAGGGUCCAUGGUUCUCCUGGGUGAUAGGUUCCACAGUUCUCCUGCGUGACAGGGUCCACAGUUCUCCUGUGUGACAGGCUCCACGGUUUUCCUCUGUGACAGGGUCCACGGUUCUCCUGCGUGACAGGGUCCACGGUUCUCCUGCGUGACAGGCUCCACGGUUCUCCUGCGGUUCUCCUUUUUUGUAUAAGGAACAGGGAGAGAGAAAUGUACCAUUCGGGCAACUACUGGAUGUUAGGCACCAUAUCAAACCUGUCACAGGGUUUAUCUAAAUUUCUGGUGAUUUGACUGUUUACCCACACUGUAUUGGUAUUUCUCUGUAUUAUUAUUAUUUUCUGACUCGGGAGGUUUUGGUCCGCAAGCCCAGGAGGUAUACAGGUGCCAUUUUGGGCCCCUUUUAUUGGCAGUAAUGUAGUGAUGUCAUCUCCAACAGACACAGACCUGAGGUGAACAGUGCUGUGUGGUGGGUGGUGAAAGGACUUACCAUGAAUGUGUUGUUGUUUAGUCAUGGAGAGACGUGUGUGAUUCUGUGAGUGCUUGUGUGUGGGCAUUUGUGUGUGUGUGUGUGUGUGUGUUUGAUCGCAUCUCCUCCAUGCGAUCUACUUCCUGUAUCAUCGUUCUACUUCCUGAAUCAUUCAAAGGGGGCUGUUGUCAGCAGCCCCUGGCGACAACCAAUCAGUUCUUGCGUUGCAGUUUUUUAUGAAUGUUGUAUUGUACUUCCUCUGUGCUGGUGUUUGGGCAGCUCAACUUGAAUAUGUGUUAGUUUAAAUGUGUGCGCGUGUGGUGAGGGGGGGGGGCUUGUCACAACAACACAAACCUGUUAACUUGGAAUAUGGAUGUAUUCAUUCUUAGACGAAUGGCUGUAAAGGUAAAACUGUCACCUCUACAACUAUGACACUUUAACGCAACUACUCUUUUACACUCAUCCCAGCAAAUUUAAGGUCCUUUGGUUUUUGUAUGCGUGGGGACAGUGUGUGUGUGUGUGUGUGUGUAUUGUUGAAUAUUAAAAAAAGAACAGUUAUAAUUGUAAUAAUUGUCGUUUUAACGUUACUCAUUUACCAGGCCGCAGAAUGUAACAGUGAGGAGACUUGGCCUAUGUCCUUGUUUAGCUGUGUCCAAUGACACACUGCUCCCUUCACAGAGGGAGUGGGGUUCCAUGGGAGACACUAAAGUGUCAUUAAGAGAACACCGUGUUAUGAAGGAAGGGGAGGGGUUUAAUCUUGUUCCAUUCAUAGAAUCUAAUUCUGAAAUUCUGAGGUCUAAUGGUAUGCUUCCAUUGUUCUGAUGUACUAAACAGUAAGGACUGUUUUAGCAUUUUCUGAAUGUUUGACCUGAAACACAGAAAUGAAACGUCUUUGAAAACAACAUGACAACGUUUGUUGAUUGCCGGAUAGGUCGUGCUUCAAAAGAUAGCACAUCAAGACCUGUUCAGAGGAAAGUGGAGAGUGGACAUUAUGUAUUCGAUGGGAAUACCAUUGAAAGACUAAGCCCCAAUAUAUGUAUAUAAUAUAUAUAUAUAUGUCACCGAUACACACUGUUCUGGUUACUAGAAACCUUUGUUAAUUUACUGGUUAGAAACCUAACCUACCAGAUAACCCCAACUAGUACUGUAUGCUUACCAAGUUACAUACUACCCUAUCUAGUAUAGUUGUUAUACACCAGCUGGUUUUCCUGUAAGACAUACCAGUGACUGCAGCUGGUUUCACUGUAAGACAUACCAGGUAACAUCCAGCAGUAUUCCUCAGUGUUAAAGGUGCUGUGCUGUCAUUUACACCCUCUUACUGUCAUCCACUGUGUUCUCACUUUCUCCCAAAGUAAAAUGGAAAAAAACA